CCAGCAGCUUCUGAUCUUAAGAGGACACCAUCAGCCAAUUACUGCUGUGGCGUUUGGCAACACGGAGCACCCGCUUGUGGUCUGCUCUGCCUCACAAGACCACGUGCUCAUGUGGAGGCUGGACGAGUGCAGAGAGAAGGCACUUCACGGGAUGGACCCGCGCGGGCUCGUCCUGGGCACCCGCCCGGGAGAGGUGCGGUGCGUGAAGUUCAGCCCGGACGACCAGAUGGCUGCGGUGUGCGCUGGCAACAGGGUCCUCGUGCUGGACGUGCAGAGCCGGACGGCGCGCGCCGAGCUAGAGGGGCACCAGGGCCCCGUGACCGCAGCCGAGUUCUGUGCAUGGCAAGCGCAUGUGGUCGUCUCGGGGUCUGAGGACAGAAGCUUCAAGGUGUGGGACUGUCGCACGGGGGCCUUGAUGCACAGCUCGGCGGUGCUGACAGCCUCCCCCCUCCUGAGCCUCUUCACCGAUGGGGAGAGCCAGCAGCUGGUGGCCGGGGGCGCCGAGGGCCAGCUCUGCAUCUUCAGUUUGGUUGAAGGUCAUCAUUAUCGUCAUGUGACGCGUGUGGACCUGAGGAAAGAGACGGAGAGUUUCUACGCCAGGCGGCCAGGAGAGAGCGGGCUGGACAGAGGGGACGGGGUCGACGUGGCGCUCCCCGUCCUGAGCCUGGCGCGCUGCGACCUGCCGCCGGGCCUCGGCCCCGGGCAUGGAUGGACCAGCUGUGUGUGGGUCGGAAGCUCCGCUGGACUGUUCAUCCUGAACCUGGCGAGCUUUGAGCUGGAGGCUGCGCUGCAUUACAAGGAUUUUCUGAACCUCAGCAUCCAGGUGGCCGGGUCGUGUGCCGUGAUGAGCAGCCGUGGCAAGGCCUUCUGCUUACUCGCUUCCAUGUUUGGGAAUGAGGUCGCCGGCUUGGAGCUCGACCCAGCCGCUCUGGUGAGGUCCCAGCAGCACCCCCACCUGGGAACGCAGCUCUCAGUGCUGCCCAGCUCCGGUGUCUCCCCGACCUCCCCUCUGUAUUUCGGAGUCGCUGAGGCGACACGUGUCAAGCCGGCCAGCCACCAGCAAGCCGCUACUCAGAGCUCCCUGCGGGACCAGCCCCUGGUCUUCCACAGCCGCGUCCGGUCCUCCGGGUACACGGCUGCACCCCAUGUGACCAUGUUCUCACCCAAGACCAAUGUCAGGAGUGGCUGUAAGAGACCUUCACGACGCAGGAGCACUCACACCUGUCAGCAGUGCCCUUCGGACAGCCCUCCGCCGACCCAGCUCCGCCGGCGGCUGGCUGUGGCCCAGGGCCCGGUGGCCGUGCGCUGCGUGCAGUUCUCAGGAGACGGGCGCUGGCUGGCCUGUGGCCUGGCCGACCACCUGUCCCUGGUCUUCGAUGCCCAUCUGACUGGAGCACCUGCUGUUUUCUCAGGUCAUGAUGGGGCAGUGAGCGCCCUGGGCUGGAGCCACGACGCCCGGUGGCUGCUGUCGGCCUCCCUGGACGGGACCCUGAGGGUGUGGUCGGCCCGCAGCCGGGAGCCCGCCCUGUGCCUGGGCACAGACGUGUUCCCGGAGCCUGUGCACCACGCGCAGUUCUACUACCUCGAUUCGUUCGUGCUCGUGUCCUCGGGCCCCGAGUUCCAGCUGCUCAGGCACCACCUGGACACCCGCAAAGAUGAGAUCAAAAGAUACAAACAGAGGAGCCGGUGCACCCGCGUGUUCCGGCUCCCCACGACGGGGGCCGCGGAGAUCACCGGCCUGUCGGCCGCCAACGAGUUUUAUUCCCACCUGGUGCUGGCCGCCAGCCGGAGCAGGACAGUGGAAGUUUUCGACCUCAACGCGGGCCGCAGCGCCGCCGUGAUCCAGGGGGUCCAUUCCCGGCCCCCCCACCAGAUCUGCCAGAACCAGGUGAGUGAGGUCGGGCCUGCACAUCGCCUGUGAAACGCCACGUCCAAGGCUGUCACCGAUGCGUUGGGAGAUGCACUGUCACGUCUCCCUCCAAACCCAAG